UCCUUUUUAGGACUAACGUAUGGUGUAACCGCAAACGCAAACCUCUCAAACCAGUCUUGCAACCAUGCAACCCUUCAAAGCUUACAUAAAAUUUUUGUUUGUUAAACUCGGAACUUUUCUGAAACUCCGAAAUAUUAGGCUUUCUCCAUUUUUGUUGUACAAAUUAAGAAGGGCAUGAUUAUGAACAAUUAUUGCAUCAUCUUUCUUCCCGUACGUGUGCCUCCAAAAUCAUAUCGCAAGCAAACUUCGCCUUCUAUAAAUGCGGCGGUGACGGGCAACUGAGACACAGUUUACUUGCGGACAUCAACUUGAUCGUCGUUAUCUACGCGCUCUCCAGCUUGUGGAAUCACUGCUUGCUGAAUAAAAAGAUAAACAAUGGCCGAAAAGAAGGAGCAACCUGAUGCCAGCAAGGAUGAACCGGAACAAAUUGUUGACCCCUGGAGAGUAGUGACCACAUCUGAAAAGGGCGUGGACUAUGAUAAGCUAAUUAGGCAAUUUGGCAGUGAACGGAUCGAUGACGCGAUGUUAAAGAGAUUUGAAGAGGUGACGGGACAUAAGCCGCAUCGAUUCCUCAGGCGAGGAAUAUUCUUCUCUCAUAGAGAGUUGAAGAACAUUCUAGAUUUGUACGAGGCAAAGAAACCUUUCUUCUUAUACACCGGUAGAGGGCCUUCUUCUUCUUCUAUGCAUGUUGGUCAUCUAAUCCCGUUCAUCUUUACAAAAUGGUUACAGGAUGUCUUCGACGUCCCUCUGGUCGUCCAGAUGACCGACGAUGAAAAGUUCUUGUGGAGGGAACUGGAAACACCCGACGUCGCCCGGAACCUCGCCUACGAGAACGCCAAGGAUAUCAUCUCGUGCGGUUUUCACAGGGAUAAGACCUUUAUUUUCUCAAACAUCGACUAUAUAUCGUCAUGUGCUGCUUUCUACAAGAACAUGUUGAAGGUGGAGAAGCUGGUUACCUUCAAUCAAGUUAGAGGAAUAUUUGGAUUCAAUGAAAGUGAUGCUAUAGGUAAGAUCAGCUUCCCAGCAAUUCAGGCCACCCCAUCAUUCAGCAACUCGUUCCCCGAGAUCUUCGGGGAAGCUGCGGACGUACCAUGCUUGAUACCUUGCGCUAUUGACCAGGACCCAUACUUCAGGAUGACUCGAGAUGUAGCACCAAAGCUUAAUUACCUGAAGCCCGCCCUCAUCCAUUCAACGUUCUUUCCAGCCCUCCAAGGAGCCCAAACAAAGAUGAGUGCCAGCGAUAAGACAUCAUCAAUCUUCCUUACCGAUACCCAGGAAGAGAUUAAGAAUAAGAUCAAUAGAUACGCUUAUUCUGGAGGAGGUAGCACAGAGGCAGAGCAUCGGGAGAAAGGAGGCGACUGCGAUGUUGAUAUAUCCUAUCAGUAUCUGACGUUCUUUCUCGAAGAUGAUGACCGUUUGGCUAAAAUCAAAGAGGAAUACAGCAGCGGGCGAAUGAUGACAGGUGAACUCAAGAGAGAACUCGUGGUCGUCUUACAAUCGCUAAUCGGUGACAUCCAAGAGAAACGAAGGGCCGUGACCGAUGACAUCCGACGGCAUUUUAUGACCCCUAGAAAACUUAACCACAAAGCUUAAUGAUUUACAUUGUUCAAUUAAUUUCUUUUCGUUGAUAAUUGUAUAUAAUUAUCUGGCGACCCAGCAAAAACCCAACUAUUUAGCUUGAUGAAACAAAAUGUUCAAUUAAUUCCAGUUUACCUCUACCCCGUCACUUGAUGGCGCCCUUUUCUGUAUUAUUACUGGGCCUGUUACACGAUAAGAUGACGUGACCUAACGACCCGAUAGUUUGAAAUAAGCCAUUAAACGAGCACACUGUCAAUGUUACACACGCUAUUUCAGAAGUAUAUUUACGUCCUUCUUGUAAGUGAAAAUUAUACUAUUGGACUGUCCUUAAAUGGGUUGUUUCAUCACUAAAUUACAAUGUGGUCUACACCCAGUUCGUCUAAUUUCUGUUUCCAUCCCACGGAGUUAACCUUGUG